CACCACCACCUCCACCGCCAUCUAGGGGAGGGCCUCCACCACCUCCUCCCCCUCCGCACAGCUCAGGCCCUCCUCCUCCUCCUGCCAGAGGAAGAGGUGCUCCUCCCCCACCACCCUCCAGAGCCCCCACAGCUGCACCACCUCCACCGCCUCCUUCCAGGCCAGGUGUGGGUGCCCCCCCACCUCCGCCAAAUAGGAUGUACCCUCCUCCACCUCCAGCCCUUCCCUCUUCUGCACCUUCAGGGCCUCCACCACCACCUCCACCUCUGUCAGGGACAGGGUCAGUGGCACCACCCCCACCACCCCCACCUCCACCUCCACCUGGACCACCACCUCCCCCUGGCCUCUCUUCUGAUGGGGACCAUCAAGUUCCAACUCCUGCAGGAAACAAAGCAGCUCUUUUAGAUCAAAUCAGAGAGGGUGCUCAGCUCAAAAAAGUGGAACAGAACAGCCGGCCGGCGUCCUGCUCUGGAAGGGAUGCACUUUUAGACCAGAUACGACAGGGUAUUCAACUAAAGUCAGUGUCUGAUGGCCAAGAGUCCACACCACCCACACCUGCCCCCACUUCAGGAAUUGUGGGUGCAUUGAUGGAAGUGAUGCAGAAAAGGAGCAAAGCCAUUCAUUCUUCAGAUGAAGAUGAUGAAGAGGAUGAUGAUGAAGAUUUUGAGGAUGAUGAUGAAUGGGAAGACUGAUCUAUAUAUUAUAUAUAUAUAUUUUUAAGGUGAAAUACUAAACACUACUUUCUGUCUAUGGAUUCUGUAAAAUUAUCAUGUAAAUGUUCUACCAAUUUGCUGUAUAUUUUUGUUGCCUUUUUGCUUUUUUUUAAUUAAUCUGUGCAAUACCUCAUUUAAUCUGUAAAGGUUUGUCAUAAUCUUCUACAAAGCUACUCCCUGUUACUGUGUGCAAGUUUACACCAGAAUGCUCACUUGAUUUGUGAAUAUUUUUCAUUCCAUCAACAAGGGAGUUAAAAUAUUAUAUGUGAGACUGACAAAAACCUUAUUGUAAUUUAGUUAUAAUGCCAGAAGGAAAACACUAUUUUCAUACCCUACUUUUUCUGUACCUAAAUUUUCUUAUUAAAACCUAGUAUAGCACUACAUUCUUUUUCAAGUAAUGUAAACCUUAGUUUCUUUAGCCCCUUUGUUUUGAAUAUAAUGCUACAGAUGAAUGUUGAAGCUGAUACAUUGCACAGUUCUCUAGACACACUGAUGCAAUUUUUCAAAAUUUUAGCAAUAUGCUCUGCAUAAAAUCACUACAGAGAUCCUAAUGGAGAAAAACAGUAACACACUUAUUUAUAGUGAUAUGCUUGUCAUUGGCAUAGCAGUGGUGUUUGCAGGCUGGAAUCAUAAAAGCGCCCUCACAUACCUGUAACCGAAUGAAGUUAUUUUUAUGCUGUAGCAAAUGUGGCAGGCUCUUUUUGGCAAAAGCUUCAAAACUAUUUUUGGUAUUAUUCUGAAAAGUUAUUUAAGUUGGAAUUUUAAAGGGUUGGAGGAUAGUUUAUUGCUUUAUGAACCAUUAUGGUUACUCCAAUAUUUGAUUAAAAAUACUACCAGAAUAUUAUUUAAUGAUGUGGAAUUAAGUGCUUUUAUUUUGCCAUUUGUGUGAAUUAAAGUAUUCAGAGAGUCCAACCAUAAAAAGCAAAUUCAUUGGCAAUGCUAUGCACUGUAAUGCUAAACCUAACAUGCUCUAUAUUUUCAUUUUGGUAAUUUGUGAAUUUUUAUUUUCUUGUCAAAUACCAGGUUAAGGGUUCUUGAAAGAUCAGUGGUCCCCAUGUUAUGGAAUACAUAACUGAUUUGAUAGAUUUUUUUUUUUUUAAUCUUACAACCUGCACAUUUGUUAUGCAUACUACAUGGUGUGUUAAAAUUAGGGUUUCCUUGCCUUCUGCAAUACACUAACCUGCCAAAAGGUGGUUCUUUCAUAUUUAGUGCUAAUUAAUCAUACCUACCUAUUUUAGAUUUUAGGUAGAAAAUUGUCUGAUUAAAUACAGAAGUAUUUUUCUCACAUUGAGUCGUAUGCAGAAUGUAGUUCCAAAUGUAUUUCAUUAUUACAGUCAUGAUAUCCAACUAAAAAUUAUGCUAUCUAGAAUUGUACCAACCAAAAUCUAGUGUUGGCAUGAUCUUGACAGGCUGGUCCUGCAAGAUGUGGCUUGAAUUUUAACCAGUUUAUCACAUAAUCUCUAGGGAUCAUGCAUCUAGGUAUCAUAAAAAAUAAUUUAAAAGGUUUAGUUGCUGAAAGCAGCAAAUGGUGCAGUAAAAUACUUAAGUUAUUCAAAGAAUGUUACCUUCCUUGCAAGAGUAAUUUAAGCACAUGGGAAAGAUUCUAGUUUUUUGUUUCCUGUAAAAACAGUGCUCUUUGCUGCUAGAAAUUGUUUUCUGCUUACUGUCAUUUUUAUUGUGGCUUUUGCUCAGUGAGUCUGGUAUGGAUGAGGCUGGACAGCUACUAACCAAUAAAAUUAGAAAUUUGUGCAAAUAGCAAGUAGGAAGCAAUAAUUAAGUAAGUUAUAUUGGACUCUUUUUGACAUUUUAAAAAACAUUUAAAAUUUCCUUAAAAUGUCUUUAUAAAGUAAUACCAAUUUACUUAACUUUUGGCCAAGAAGUUUAGGAUUUUCCAGCUGACUUUGGUAUUUACCAGGAACUUCUCUGAGGACAGGAUAUUUCUUCUUUCAGUUGGAAACACAGUAUGUAAGAUGGGUGCAUAAUUUGCCAAAGGUAAUUGAAUUUUUUUUUUCUUAAAUAAAAAGACUGUUGUUACUGCACAAAGUCUAAAUUACUAUUGGUUAGAAUACAAUAGCUGUGAGGUUCAGUCCAGGCAUGAAGACUAAAUCCUCUUUACUAAGUAAGAUGUGAGGUUGCAUGUUUCAGUCCUCCACCGUCUUGCACUGUGGGCAGACACUACACCUGUGAGUGUCUGAAAGCCUCCCAUGUAUAUCCCAGCUAAAUGAUUAUCUGGUAGCCUUUGCAUUUAACAAACUAGCAUGAGGCCUUUUAUAUCUAAAUGCUAUGUGAUAGACAAUUUCAGCUAGCCACAUAUUGUAUGUAUGAGAUUCAUAAAGAUUUUCAAUCAUUCAUUUCCAUUUAUCAACUGAAAUUUUGUUUAGUAUGUGAAAUUUUUUUGAACUGUAUAGUGAAUAGGAUGUUGCACUGGUGGCAAUUCAUCAUGGAGCAUAAUAAAAUUAAUUUGA